AUGAAUAUGUUACGCUUUUGUUUCUUGCAUCGUGGCAAAGCAACAGAUGAGUGUCCGAAAGGUGUUAUUCAAUCGGAGCCGCAGAAGGACAAAGAAGCUUCUUCGCUGUCAAAUCAAACCGAAAUAAACGAGCGAUCAGAGCCGGAAGAAUCUGCAUGGUGUCCAAUAUGUUUGGAAAAAUAUCCACUGAAACACUUUCCGGCACUGACGAAUUGCAAGGACCGCUGCUGUGAAAGCUGCCUCGUCCAAUACGCCACAAUGGAGGUCAUGCAAGGUAAUGGGAAAAUUGGCUGUCCGGUUUGUUCGGCGGAUUUACACAAUAACGAUGUCUACAACUUAUUGAAAAAAGACAAAUGGUUACUUGAAAAGUUCGAAAAAUUUCAGUUAAUAAGGGUUCUCUCUUGGAAUCCUGACAUGAGAUGGUGUCCGGCUCCUGAUUGCGAGUACGGAGUACUAGCGGGAAAUUGCAACGAAUGUCCAGAACUGCGCUGUGGAAGAGAAGAUUGUGGAAUCAGCUUCUGUUACAACUGCAGAGCGCGAUGGACAGAGAACCAUAGCUGUCGACAGAAAACUCCGUCUUUCACGUCGAAGAACACGAAGCUUUGUCCUAGAUGCCACAUCUCCGUACAAAAGCUGAACGACUGGGCGUGUAACCACAUCGUAUGCAAGAUAUGCGGGUGUGAAUUCUGCUGGCAUUGCGGAAAGGAGGCUGGUCCGACGCACUUCCUCUUUCCGCCCGAAUGUUCGUUCAUGGGCCGCAGUAGAUACAGUCAAGUGCGUCAGCUUAGGAACAUUUUAGUGACGCUGUUGUUACCACUGGAAUUUGUGAUUGCCCUAAUUGUUUCGGUCCCCGUUUCUGUUAUCGUCAAUCCGGUUGUCCAAAAUGUGUUGUUAGAAUUAUGUGAUGAGUUGCGACAGCUGGCGACUCCAUCUACCCUUUUUGCCCUUCUGCUCGACGAAUGA